AUGGCCGACAAACCUUUCAAAUUCCCGCUCGUGCUCAUGUGCAAGCCCUACCCGCACGAGAUCGUGCCUCUCCCUAACGACUUUGCCGUGCAGUUCUUCGAGGAUGGCCUUUGGUAUCGGAUCAAAAAGUCUUCCCACACCGCAGACUGGAGCUCGAACCCUCACGCCCAAGUGUUGAAGGCCGAGCUUGCUCAGCGCGGCGUGCGCUACGAGCAACACGGCCCCGACUGCGUCAUCUUGAGGGACGAGACAUACACGGACCUCGAGGUGAAGAAGCGAAUCGAAGAUUGGCAGGCCCGGAUCGCAAUGCCGCACCAGACCAUCGAGCCCUCUGUGCGCACUCCAGAGCGGGAGCUUGAAGCGAUGAUGCGUACGUCCAUGCAUAUUGGAGACGCGCCCUGCAAUUGCAAAUGGCCUGUUGGCAGACAGCGCCAUCUCGCCCGAUGGGUCGCAUUUUGCUGUCUCGACAGCGAGCUGCCCUUUCUUGAGAUCAGCGAGUCUUUCGAACCCCCCUUCGCUGUCGACCAUGGUCCUCCGCGCCACUGA